ACCGAUCCUUGGUAGGCCCAUUCUUUCAACUGCUAGGAUUUCCCUGAACUUCUUUAUCAAGGUUUUAUAUUCAGUCUGUUGCCUGUUCUUCCAGUCGACGUUUGACUGCCGAAGAAGAAUACGUGGUCCAAUAAAGUAAUUGCAGUAUGAGUAUAUUAAAGAAAAGUUUUUUGAGCGUGUGCCUUGUUCUACUAACAAUGGCAAAAGCAGAAAACAACACCCAAGCGUUUCGCGCUGUUUCGGAAGGAAUAAAUCAAUUUUCAUCCUCCUUAUUUCAGUGCGUGCUAGAGGAAAAUCAUGGUAAUAUUAUAAUGUCUCCUCUUAGUGCAGCUGUUGUUCUUGCUAUGGCUGCAUUUGGAGCUCGUGGUGAAACAGAAAAACAAUUAAAAAAAGCACUUCAUAUUCCAUCACCAGAUACUCUAGGUACAUCUGGUUAUCAAUCACUUAUUGAUGAUCUUAAUAAUGUUAAAGUGGCUAAACUUCUUCUUGCUAAUAAAGUUUUUGCUGCUGAGAAAUUCUCUGUUAAACCAGCUUACAUUGAGUUAACAGAGAAGUAUUUUCACUCUGUUACUCAACUAGUAAACUUUGCUAAAUCUGAAGAAGCUGCCAAUACUAUUAACACAUGGGUUAAACAAAAUACAAAUGACCGUAUUAAAGAAAUUGUUAACCCUGGUGAUUUGAAUUCAAUGACAGCAAUGGUACUUGUAAAUGCAGUAUAUUUUAAGGGUCAGUGGCAAGAUAAAUUUGAUCCUCAGAAUACUGAAGAAAGACCAUUCCAUGUCGAUGAAAAUACGGUAAAAAAUGUCUCCACAAUGUUCAGAUCAGGUUCCUAUCUAUAUGGUGAACUUUCAAAUUUGAAUGCUAAAUUCGUCCUAUUGCCAUACAAGGACGAUGAACUGAGUAUGAUCAUAAUUCUUCCAAAUGAAAUCAAUGGUUUGGCAGAGGUUGAAAAAAAAUUACAAAAUACAAAUAUUAUGGAUAUCCUACAUCAGGGACAUCAACGCGAAGUAGAAUUGUAUCUACCAAAGUUUAAAAUUGAAAGUAAAAUAGAGCUGAACGAACCGUUAAAUAAGCUGGGCCUAACCGAUAUGUUUACUUCAAAAGCCAACUUUUCUGGUAUCGCCGAUGCCGACCUGGUUGUUAGUAAGGUUGUACAAAAGGCUUUUAUCGAAGUGAACGAAGAAGGAAGCGAAGCUGCUGCCGCUACUGGAGUACAUAUCGAAGCACGAUGUAUGACACACGGCAGGGAAACGAUGAUGAUUGACCGUCCAUUUUUCUAUAAUAUCGUCAAAUUAAUUGAUAAUCGAGAAACCGAAGAUAGAGAAGUUAUUUCUAUAUUUUCUGGACAUAUUCACGAUCCCAGUGUUAAAUAAUUAUCAGUUUGCCUUAGUUGUUUUAUGCGCGUUCGUUUCCUUAUAAACACAUUAACCCAGAUAUGCAUAAAAUUUCAUUGUCAACUAAUAUAAUUUUCCCUAUAAAUUUUUGUACAAUCAUUCCUCCGGAAGGAUGAUGGCAUAUCUGGGUAAGUACCUUGAUAGACAAUAAAAUUGAGUCUAGUCCCCACUAACCAAAGGUUUUAAGUAGUAGUAAAAAAAUAUAUAUAUAAAAUUUUAUAAUAAUAAUGAAGUGUUUUGCUUAAGAAAUUGUUGCAUUGAAUACAUCAGGCAUGUAGAGCAUAAAAAUAAAUAGUUGUGCAUAAGA